CAUAGCACGUCAGCAGGCAAAAUGUUUCUUCGAAGACACCCAGAACUGCAACCGUUCGUGCUCACAAACGUACGGCCCACUGGUGCCACGCUUGGCGCAGGAGCCUACGGCAGCGUGGAAGAGGUGGCCAUGCCUGGAGCCGUCUGCGCCGCCAAAAAGAUCCACGAUAUCUACUUGAAUCCGGCGAAAGUUUCGGAGAGAGAAAUCAGUGAGGCUACGGCCCAGUUCGUGAGGGAAUGCAAGAUUAUGAGCACCCUCCGCCACCCGAACAUCGUCCAGUUUCUUGGCUUACGUUUCCUGCCCGGCUCGCGACUGCCGGCCCUCGUCAUGGAGCGACUGCUGACGAGCCUUCACGACUUGCUGGACCCAGAAACCGACAUCCCUCUCCCGCCCGACGCGCCCAAGCCCUUCUUUCCCGCUGAGCCUAAAGUGCUCGAUCCUGCACAACGUGGCGAGCGGCCUGACCUACCUCCACGAGCGAUCGCCGCCCAUCAUCCACCGCGACUUGUCGGCCAGAAACGUUCUCCUGAGCUCGGGGAUGGUGGCCAAGAUAGCGGACAUGGGCGUGGCUCGUAUCGUGCCUCGUGUGCGAGUUCAAGUUGCAGCCACCAUGACAAAGGGACCUGGUGCCAUAAUUUACAUGCCUCCAGAGGCCAUGGAAAGCAAACCUGGGGAGGAAAAUAAAGACAAAAAGUCAAAGUACGAUGCAAGCAUCGACAUCUUCUCUUUUGGUGUCGUGGCCAUUUUCACACUCUGCCAAACCUUCCCCUGCGACUUGCUAGCUCCCACCUAUCGCGAAGGUCGACAGCAUAAAGCUAGAACUGAGCUAGAGCGACGAGAGGGGUACAUGAGGACGAUCUACAGGCAGCUACGCGAGAAGCAUCCUCUCCUCCAGAUGAUCGAGGGGUGUCUGGACUUCCCUGAAGACCGGCCGAGCAUUCGUGAGGUGCUGCAGUCUGUUGGAGGAGGCCAGAGCUGAAGUGAGAGACGAGCAGACAGACAUGAACAAACUGGAGCUGUUGCGAGCUCUUCAGACCCAGCCCAGGAACCAGGAGAAUGUUGAGCUAGAGGGACAGCUGAGGAGAAAGGAAGCAGAGUUAGCUGAGGCCCAGGGCCAACUGAGACAGAAGGAAGAACUGCUACAGUCCAGUGAAAGGGAGAAACAGAUUGUCGUGCAACAAUUACAAUCCAGAAACCAAGUGAGGGACUUACUAUCAUCCAUAAUUAUAGUAACCAGAGGAUGGGUUGGCUGCUAAUGAAUGUGAGCUCCAACAUCAACUAGAAUCCAGUGAGAGAGAGAAACAGACAGUCAGACAACAAAUGCAAUCCAGGAACCAGGAGCUCCAACAACAACUAGAAUCCAGUGAGAGAGAGAAACAGACGGUCAGGCAACAGCUGAUCAGCACACAGGGACAGAAUCAAGAACUGAGACAGAGAGAGACUGAGUUAGUGCAGGCCAAGGACAGGGAGCUAAGAGAGAAGCAGACAGUGAGAGAUGAGCUAACAAGGAAGGAGA